GGAGGGUGACCUUGUAUGCAUUCUCUACGGAUGCAGCGUGCCUGUGAUACUCAGGCUAUUUGGUCCCAAGAAGAAUGAUGUCAUGGAGAGCGAAAUGAAGUGGGAGCUCAAAUUUCUUGCUAAUCAUAUUGGCGAGAGGUAUCACAGUCGUCUAGAGAGACGUGAGACUUUUCGAAAGAAACGCGAAGAGGACAAGGAGACCUACAAGGCUUGGGAGGAGGAGAGACGCAAGGACUGUAAGGAAGAUAAGGGUUGGAGCGAAAAGUGGCCCUUGGUGCGGGCCGGCUUGAUGCGAAUUCAUGAGUUCAGGAUUUGGGUGAUAAAGAAGAAGAAGCUAUCAGAGCUAGGGAACGCAAGGGAUUGCGAUGCUACGGAGGCGGCCAUCCAAGGCUAUGUCAACGUCCUGCUCCCACAGAUAUACGACAUUGCCACCUGGGCUACAGAGAAUGGAUAUACGCACGAGAAUUUCAUGGAUAAACUUCGGGUUUCAAGCAACGAAGCGUCAUUUGGAGAGCCUUUUAAACUGACGGAAGAUCAGAUGAAGUUGUGGGAUCUUUUUCGCGAGGACAAAGAGUGGAGAGUCUGGUUGCAAGAGCAAAACGAGAAGUACCUCAAAAGUGAAGGCUUCCUUGUAUGGUCGGCGAAGGUCUACAAAAAACCAAUUGGUUAUUCUGAUGACCUGAAAGAAGCGGAAUGGAACGAGCCGCCAGCGAACAAGUGGAAGACGGAGUGGGCAGCAGAAAACUCCUGGUUUCUCUGUACUGACUCUUUCAGAGCUUGGCUGAGGGAGAAGUGUAAGUUCUGUGGGUCUGAAGAACUGUUGAAUAAGAAACAAGAGUGGGAGGCCGAUCCAACGUGGGAUAAGAACGAACCCGAAGUCAAAUCGUUCAAUACCUGGAUGAGGAAAAAGGGCCUAGAGAAUCCUGAUCGACAUGAGAGUAUAACAAAUGAGGUUAGAAAGAUAUUUGAGCCAUGGCGAACAGCUUGGCUUUCGGAGAACCCUGAGGCUACUCGUCUGGAAACUUUGCAAGUGGAGCAGACCGAAUGGACGAAAAUAGAAACAGAGCUCAAACAGAAGAUGAACCAGGAAGCUGAAAAGAGAAAAGAGGAAGCACAAAAGCGAGACAAGGAGCGUUUCCUAGAGAGGUGGAGAAGGGGUUGGAAACCUGAAAAGGUCAAUUGGGAAGAAUUCGAAAUCAUGCUCAGCUACGGUCGGCAUUGGGUGAAGCUCAUUAGAAAGGGAAAACGAGACUACUUGAAAGAGUGGUCAGAACCCCAACGAGUUAAACAGCGACAAUUGACACGAACGCGUUAUUUUCUGAAGAAAAGCGGAGAUUGUGCAGUUGAGUACCGCAAUUGGUCAACAUUUGAAGAGACAGCUGGAGCCGACCCGAAUGACCCGAAUGACCUAACUAAUAACACUUCCCCUGAUCUCAAAAUCCACAAUGGGAGGCACAACGCCAUACCCGGUCAAUCUCACGAGGGGCCAACUCAAACAGCCAGUCGCCCUUCACAGCCGUUAUUGCAGGGCUCCAGUAGCCAAAAUAAUUCGAUCGCGCAUGGUGAAUACAAGCAAGAAGCCCUUCAUAAUCCACUAAUCAAUGUUGAGGAUGAGCAAAAUCGACAAGAGAAGCUGUCUCUGAAACGCUCUCAAACCGAUUUAGCGGCAGACAGAACGAAACUCGUGCUACUUCAGGCCAAAGAAGAGCAUCGGGCCGCUACACAGGCCCGAAUAGAAAACGAUCUUGCAAUGUGGCUACGAGAUGCCCCUAGAAUCAUCGGCAAAGAUGGCAAGUUUCACCUCAACUAUACCCGACCCUCCAACGUGGAAAAGAAACGACAGAAAGAACAGAGAGAAAAGGAGAGACUCGAGAUGGAAAAAGAAAACCUUGAUGAACAGCAAGAUAGCCGCAAUGUUGUGCAAAACGGAGGAAUUAACCACGGAGAGCAUGCAGAUGAUGGGAACGCUGAGGGGUUGAAUGAGAAGAAGGGGGGUGAAAUUUUAAAGGGAAAGAUCAAAGAGAAAGGUCACGAAGAAGGUGUACGGGAAGAUAUUGAGCAGGUUGCAGAGAAAGACCAGAAAAAGAGUCAGGAGAUAGGAAUCACAAAGCCGGUUUCUGCUCUUAUCAGGGUAACACAGCGGCUGACUGAGGAGGAGAAAGUCAAAUACACCGAGACCAUCGAGACGAAUUUUACCACCAAAAUGAGCAAAUAUGGGGAAGGGGGUCAGUGGCACUAUGAGGUGAUGGGAGAGUGCUAUGUGUACGGCAUGAUGGACGGCGAGGCUAUGGCGUAUCAAAAUAACCACAGUAUAGCAACGACGGUUUUCGAGAUACGGUGAGCCAUCAGGGGGGGAGGGACUUGGCGAAAUCGUUGUUUCUACAUGGUGAGGGACAUUGUGGUAAUACUUUGAUUAAUUUUGCUAUAGUAAUGCAGCGAAGUUUCGAAAUAAUAUGAGCAAAUA